AUAUGACGUCUCGUUACGAAUGUAAAUAAAAUAUAUUGAACAAGAUACAACAUAUAUAAUUUUGAAUAUAAGUACAAUAAUGUAUCAAUAUGCAGAAAAAUAUAUUCAACCCGAUCGAGAUUUACUUAACUGGGAAAAAUGGGUAAAGGUGAGAGAAGAUGAAAUAUUGGCCAUUGGCCAAAAAAUACAGAGGCAACCUAUAGACAUGGUUAUGAAUUUACAUGAAAAAGCACGAGAAAAAAAUGAAAUGAAAUCAAUAUUGCAAGACGCUCAGGUGAAAAAGCCAGCAACAGUAAGAGGCGAGCCGUGGACUCUACCAGCAAGACUCAAACAAAGAUGUUACUGUGAACCUGUGUAUGAAGUUUAUCGAAAGCCUGAAGAGAUCGGACGACCCCGUAUCAUCGAACAUAUCGGAGUACCACAAUACAUUUUAGAACAUGAAAAAAAUAUUCAUGGCGUUUCAGAACGCAACAAAUGUGUGCGAUUAAACAAUGAAUACCAGAAGUAUAAGAAAAAACGAGAAGAACAGUUUAAAGAAAACAUAAAAAUAAUAGAUCCACAUAGGUCCGUCAUUAGAGAAUUGUUUGUCAAAGGUAAUAGACCCAAACCACCACCAAAACCUUUGCCACCCCUGCCAGAGAUAAAAAUAACGACUGUAGAGGAGUUUGAAGAAACGUUUACAGUAUACAGUGUGAGAAUUAAUAAUACAGUAUUCAUUAAAGAAACUUCCGAGCAACAUCUGACGUCAGAGCUGCUCAAGUUACAAGAUGAACAGUGGCAUGAACCUUGCUCGUCGUGGUCGUAUUAUUUUAACGUGCCUAAACUUCAAGUGAGUAGAGCUAAACUCUUUUUGCUAAAUUUAGGAACAGUUACGUUAAGAUAUUGCUGGAAGAAAAUAAAAGAAAAAGCUCCUUUCAUUCCGGAAGAAGUAGCGAGUCAGGUAUUUUUCUUUAACAAAAAUGAAGAUAUAUUGCCCCCUGGUGAAACUAGAGAAGUUUUUUUCACAUUUGUUUCAAGUGACAUUGGUAUCUACAGAGAAUUAUGGGAGCUUCAUUUUUCUAAUGUAUCAUUUUUUGCAAAUCAGAACCGAAAGUUUGUGAUUAACUUGCAAGCAGAUACUAUAGAAGACACGGAAAAAAUUCGUCAGAAUAUAGACUUACUGAAGGUAAGAAUCAACAGAAAAGCAGUUCGAAAACUCAUUAGAAGUCUUUUAUACAAAGCCCUCGAUAAAGCAACUAGCGAGGAGCCGCAAAUGUACCUAUAUAAAAAUUACUUUAUGGAAUCUGAAAUAUUCCUUAUGAAGAAUCCGGUUUGUUUCUACAAUCAAAGCGAAAUAAUGAAAUUAAAGCAAGCUUAUUCGGAAAUGCACCCAGGUGAAGUUUGGGACUUGUCAAUUGUCACAUGGAGAAAGGCGAUGAUGAAGAAAGAUUUUAAUGAACGAAUGCAAUAUCUUGGAAUAUCGAAACAAUCACAAUAUGUACUACUCAAACCUUGGCAGGAAGAUGACAAUCUUCUUGACCUAAAGCACGCUGCAGUCAAACUUAUUCUGUCAAGGUUGGCUGACCAAUUUGACCAGGUAUACGCUGAUCUGAAUCUCAAUGUAGACAACAAUUAUGCAGAAGUGGAGGAAGAGCCUAAUGAUAAGUUAUUGGAACGUAUGAUAUUCUACAUUCGCAUGCGCGAUCACCUUGGAAUAGCUAUAGAACAUUGUACUGGUGUGGUGAGGAGCUUGGAUUUAAAUCGAUGGAUUCAUUUCGAUUUCUGUCAGUUGUUGUAAUAUUUAGUUUUAUUACUUAUGUAACAUAAAUAAAGAUAUGUUUUAUUUG